AUUCCCACUUUUAUAAAUAGAGAGAGAAAAGUCGGCAAAACCACACCAAAUUCUCUCACGCAAAGGAACGCUUGAAUAGCAUAACGGAAUAGUUGUUCUUAGGGUUUCUAAAGGUUCCUUAGCUCGUUCUUGUGCUCCUCCAAGAUCUGAUCUACAUGGAUAACACCAAGAUGAAGGGUAGUGUGCUGGCAUUUUCAGAUGAUAUGGUUCUGCCAGUUAGUUCUAUUUCUACUGCAGUUAGUGAGCUUGGUUUUAGUGGGGUUGAACAAUGUGAUCCUCAAAUUAUCACUCAAGCAUCUUCUCUGAAUCAGCUGCCUGCGGAAUCUUCCUCCAUAGACAUUGUUGUUGGAAUCUGUCAAUCAGCCGAGUUUCCCAGUGGUAGGUUGUUUGAGGAAAUCUCAAGAGUGUUGAAGCCCGGUGGGACAAUCUUAAUUCACAGGACUUCUAAGUCUGCUACCGGGGAAACAGAUAAGACAAUCUCUGCUCUUGUGCGCAAGUUACUGUUGGCAGGGUUCUUAGAAGCGGAAGUUCUUGGACUCAAAUCAAUGGUUAAGGCUAAGAAGCCUGUGUGGAAGAUUGGUUCUUCAUUUACUAUCAAGAAGGUCACAAAAAGUUCACCUAAAGUCCAGAUCAAUGACGAUCUGAUUGAUGAAGAUAGCCUACUGAGCGAAGAGGACUUAAAGAAACCACAAUUACCACUCGUUGAUGAUUGCGAAGUUGGAAGCACGAGGAAAGCUUGUAAAAACUGCACAUGUGGGAGGGCUGAAGCAGAGCAGAAAGUAGAGAUAGGACCAACUACGGAGCAGAUCAAUAAUCCUCAAUCAGCAUGUGGCAGUUGUGGACUAGGGGAUGCUUUUCGGUGCAGUACUUGCCCUUACAAGGGUCUCCCACCAUUCAAACUGGGUGAGAAGGUCUCUCUCUCCGGGAACUUCCUUGCAGCAGACAUAUAGAGAUAACAAGGUUGCUGGAGGUUUUGUUGUUAUGCAGAUGAAGUUUCAGAUACAUUCAAACAGGCUCAGCUAGCACUUGCUUCAGCAUUUCGAGUUGCUGGCUGUAGUUCAAUCAUUCAUUUAACUAUAGUCUAGUUUUGAAUUGUGGGAUUGGCUCAUGUUCAGAGCAGACAAUACAUGCCAUGGUGUGGUGUUUAUGAAUGUGAACAACAAAACCUCCUAUUGAGGAAAUUUUCUGAUAUGUUGCCUUGCUUUA